GGCAAAGUUUGUUUUUCUUACUGAGGAAAAGCAUCUCAUUUUGCCUAUUAUUCGCUAUGUAGUCACAGAUUUCAAUUUUCCGGCCUUUUAUUUUUAUCCAUCUUCAAAGUAUUUUACCCUCUACUUAAAGUUAAAUUAUUAUGCUCCUUCUCUUUAACUCCGAACAGUGUCUUUUUAUCAUUCCGGAUUCCGUGAAUUGUCAAAAAUUAGAUUUGAUUCAAUGUUGUUUUUGAAGAUGUCUGCCAGUUGCGGUAGGGCCCUAUGAGGCCAGAUCCUUUUUUUUUUUCAAUUCGAUUUAGUUUCAAGCAUUUACCUCUUCAAUGAAAUGUAAAAGUGCUCUCCACUGCCUGGCGCUCAUGUUCUCGUAGUUUUGGCCGAGCUCCACCUUUUACUAGUCUUUCUCAGCUGAAGCCUGUUUUGUUUUGAAGCUUAGUUACAACUGUGCUACAACUUGAUCCUCAUCAUGACAAUGAGCAGAUCAACCCUUAGUGAUCUUUGUUGUCUAUUUUGCUGGCCUCCGUGUCCAUCGAAGAUUGCAGCCAAAAUAGCAUUCCUGCCUCCUGAACCAACAUAUUCCUUCCAGUCGGAUGAAUCUGGAGCGAAGUUCCAAAUAGUGUUUUCCGAGAAAGCAGAAUGGCAGUACACAGAAAGGGACAAAGAUAAAAUCGAGUGUUUCUAUGCUAGAACUCAACGGGGCAAUAAAGUAGCAUGUUUAUUCGUUCGGUGUAGCUCAAGUGCUCGUUUUACACUACUUUAUUCCCAUGGUAAUGCAACAGAUCUAGGUCAAAUGGUUAGUUUUUAUCUCGGACUUGGCACGAGACUUAAUUGUAAUAUAUUUAGCUAUGAUUAUUCUGGUUACGGUUGUAGUACGGGUAAACCGUCAGAGAAAAACCUAUAUUCAGAUAUAGAUGCGGCUUGGCAAGCUCUGCGAACACGGUACGGAAUUAGUCCUGAAAACAUAAUUCUUUAUGGUCAGAGUAUUGGAACCGUACCAACUGUUGAUCUUGCAACCCGGUAUGAAGUUGGAGCAGUUAUUCUUCAUUCACCACUCAUGUCUGGAUUGAGACUGAUCUUCCCCAAAACCUCUAGGACAUGGUUUUUUGAUGUCUUCCCUAGUAUUGACAAAAUACCAAAAGUCAACUCACCUGUACUAGUUAUUCACGGAAUGGAUGAUGAUGUCAUCGAAUUCUCACAUGGAAUUGCUAUUUAUGAACGGUGUCCUAGAGCUGUGGAGCCCCUUUGGAUAGAGGGUGCAGGCCACAAUGAUGUCGAAUUAUUCGCUCCUUAUUUAGAUAGACUAAAACAAUUUGUGUCCUCUGAGUUGGAAAACUGACACAUGCUUUGGCGUUUUAAAUCUUGUGAUGAAAAUACUCCUAUUUCUACUAUAAGUACGGUCACUAAUAACUCUGCCACAGAAAAACUCCUGUAAUAAAAAUGUGAAAGAAUGAACCGUUCAUAUUUUGUUAAUAAUCUGUCCUUUUUAUCUAUUUUAUCUCUCUAUUAUGUUUUGUAUAUAAAUUGAGGAGAUUCGCACACAAAGCCAUUGGCAAGCAGGCAAUUUUGAAGAUUCACAUUAUCAAGCCAAGCAUCUGUAUCUCUUUAUGUAUGUGUUCAAAAAUUCAUUAUUUUGUUAGUACUUCUGAAAGGCGAAUUUAACGUUAAAAGUUAGAAUUCUGUUGACUACACUAAAAUUCUAUCCCUAAUUUUGUCAUUAUUUGUGAUUCUUGAAUUACUUAAUGAAAUAUCAACUGAUAGCAGUUUUAAUUUCCUCCCUCACUUAACGUGUACACAUUUAAAAAUAAAGUUCUCUGCCAUUUAUGUCGGGAACAAUCAUCAAAAGAGAAAAAAAAACCGUACCUAAUUUGAAAAAGGAUUUAGUAAGGUCUCAGACUUAUUUAUAUGGUGAUUUAGUCAGUAGUUUCAAAUGAAUCCGCUAAAAGCAGGUUUUUACUCUACCGUUUUACCAGUGUUUAUUCUUAGGCUACAGAAUGAAAACAAUAAAUUAUAAUUUGGGAAUUAUGGAAACGGACAUCUUGUAGAUUAGUUCAUUUGAUCAGUACAUUUUUGCCUAAAAUUUAAAAUCCUGCGGAAGAAGGAUGUUGCCAAAAGUUCCAAAGAGCUGAAAAUGUAUUGCUUUUUGCGCUUUUCCUUCAGUUAUGAAUAGUUACCCCAUAGCUAAUACUCUAAUAGAAAUAAGAAGCUAUUCUCUUGCUUUUUGCCAUCUCCACGCUUUCUUUCAAUUGCAUGUGGCUUACUUGGGUACUAUAGAAAAAUCACUGAAGAUCAAGUGAUCAGAUUAUAUUGAGAUGUUCACUUUUAUUCAUUGCCAUUUCAAGUGGGAUCCAUUUAUUUUCUUCUUGGUUUAUUCAAUUAUUUUUAAUUUUUAUGUGUUUUUAAACAAAAUCUUAAACAUUAGGGAAAUGGGAAAAGAAAAAAGAAGUACGUGCAAUAUCCAUGUUGGUUCAAGACAAGACGGUCUUAUCUUAACCAUGCAAUAUUAACUGAUGGAGCAUAAUAGCUAAGGAGGAUAUUUCCUUGAAUUGGUGUUACCUAAUCUGUAAAAGGACAUCCAUACUGAAUGUAUGAAGGAAGGAGGUGAAGGAUUCGGAUUGUUAAUGAUAACUUUCAAACCAUUUGUAUGAUCCUUUCAAAUACUCUUGCUCUGAUAUGGUUGAAUAGUCAUAUUUGACAAAUGUUUGUUGUGCAAUAAAUAUGAAUUGACCAAAAAUGUGUAAUUUUUGGUGAGCGAAGAACUUUCCAAGUUGAUUACAAAGCAGAUAUUGCUUUGUUGUGUGGAUUUCCUCAAUUAAUGAAUCAUUUUAAUUAUAAGAUUUUCAUGGUACUUUUCUUUUUUUCUCUCUUUAGUAUCAGGUUGUAAGAAACUAUAUUUAUUUAUGUAGUCAAGAAAAAAAUGGAAUAAGAACCCUGUAUCAUUAUCAUUACCACAAAAAUUAUCAUAGUUUAUUUUUUAAUUGGUCUAAGUUUGUAAAGUGCAAAAAAGUAUAGUAAUAUUAUAUGAAAUUCUUUUUAAUGCAACCAGAAGGUUGAUUGCAUGAUGCUGUUGAACGAGAUCAGUACAUCAAGUCGCUAAAGUCUGAAUAGCUGUAGUCAGGCAUCUGAGAGCUAGUGUGUUCACAAUUAAAUGCUUGAAAUAUUCUGAUCCUUUAUUUUAAGCCUUUUUUACUUCCUCAUUUUCUUGCAGUGAAGGAAAAAAAAUUACCUUUUGCAUUUAAAAGUUAACGCUAGUUUAAUGCUUUUUGAAAUGAAAGAACAAAAAAUUGCCCAGCUUUUUCACUAGAAAAAGUUGCUGCAUGGAAAACUUUCGAACGAAUUCUUAACGCACGAAUCAUUCAGGCGUUUUAGCGUUGUGUUUUAGGAUUUUAAGAUCAUAAACGAUUUAUUUUUUUAUCCUCAUGCUCUUUUAUGUUUCUUUUAGAGUGAAGCCAUCAGUUUCACCCUGGGUUUUUAAUGUUUGAUCAUAUUUUAAUUUUCUUUUCCUCAACUCUUCUUUUAUUUUAAACAUUGUUUUUUUAAAUAAGGGGCCAAUUUCAUGAAUUCAACUUAAAGCUGUAUUGGGAAACAUUGUUUCUGUUUGAACGAUCCUCAGGGAUACUGAUGCCAAUAGUGAAAUGAAAAUAUUAACUGUACUUAUCAUUUAAAUUCAAAUGUUCGCCUUCUAUUCGUGGAAUCUUAAUUGAAAGAAGGUCGUUGUGCAUCUUUUUGUAAUGUAUGAAAAUUUGAAACUCCUAGAAAAUUCUCCCAAGCCUCAGAUCUGUAAGAUUUCAGCCUUUAAAAUGUGUCUCACAUUAGUCUAAUGAUUAAAUCCCCAAUUAUACUGUCAUUUGUGACACAUUACAUAGAAAAGGGCCCUUUAGUUUACAUGGCAUAGUUUUCAGGUGAAUAUUAUAACAACAAGAAAUACAAAAAGUUCUGCCGCUAUAAUUGCAUGCCAAAUGCUACCCAACAUAUUGAUGGCCAAAUGUGAAAAAUGCGUAUCGCAAUUACAACUUUGAAUAAUCUCCGAUUCUAUUUUAUUUUUUUUUUUAAAAAUAAUCUAAUCAAAAUGUUUCCUCUCAAUAUUGUUUGAUAUUUUUAAAAUGAGUUUUAAAAAAUGUGCUUAAAAUUAGUAUAGACUGUUAGUUAGUUUUCCUGAAAAAAAAAACAAAAAACAAAAUGAAACAAAAGGAGAGAAAAGACUCGUUUCAAUCGAAGUUACGCAUUUUUUUACUACAGCCAUCGAUAUAAUAGAUCAAGGAAAUGUGUUGAUUUAGACAUGAAUCAGUCCUUCUAUGCUUGAAAAUUGUUAGAAUAACUAAUUUUUAUAAAAGCUUCAAUUUUAAUUCUAUUAAAAUCACCCUUUUUUUGGUCUAAAAAUGCAGAUUAUCUAACGCAUGUUUAGAUCUUUGUAAUUAGUUUUAAACUGCUGAGUAUUUCAUCUUCCAAACAAAGCUAUCAACAUCUCACUUUCCUUCAGGGUUAACUCAAGGGCUCUUUUCCCACUAGGUGUCUCAUUAAUUGUUUGAAAAUCCAUAUUAAUUGUCAAAUAAGAAUUAUUUCCAAUUUUUUACAGUUCGUAAGCUUCAUUUACAGAUUAUUAUUCUCUAUUUUCCGGCCCAACAAAAGCAAAUUCUAACUUGUUCUUUUUCUUAGAUCUCAUUUUUCUUGGUUUGUCGCACCACAAUGUUACCUCUCUUUAAAAUGAAACAGCUGACCUUCUAUUCCCCUUCAAACAUUAGUAGUAUCAUAAACCAAAUUGUUGAAUUAUAUUGAUCUCUAUUGGAUUCUUAUCGCUCCAGUAUAGUCUUAGCUGGAAUGCUCUACAAUUUACCCAUGAAAGAGAUGAUCAUCAGCCUUUAUCUUUACUAUAAGUGCUGUAUUGGUGAGUAAUUAUAAUUGGUCCAAAGUCACCUCUAUUAUGACUGAAAAUCUGAGAUCAAAGUGAACGAUGCCUUUUGUUGUGAUUGAUUUUAAAAAUCAUAUCAUACCCUCUUUUUCAUUUUUCUUGUAAGCAUAAUAAUUCAAUUUUUCAAUUUUGAAUAAACCUUCUGUCUCGAAGCAA